AAAGAAAAAUAAGUCCAUUACAAUGGAAGUUAAUGGGACUUCUGCAACUAUAUGGUGGCAGCUACUUUGUGGUGAGCGUGGUGGUGGUGAGGGCUUGGGGCACCUUCUUUGUGGUGGGCGUGGUGGGCAUGGUGGGCAUGGUCGGGGUGGUGGGGGUGGCUUGGAGAAGCUACAUGAUGGUGACUGCCAUGAUGAGUUGGUGCAACAACAGGGUUGCCGUGAGAUUCAACAGAUUCGAUGACAUUGAUCUUCGACUGCGUAGGCAGGUGGUGGUGGUGGUGAUGAGGGCUUGGAGCAGCCACAUGAUGGUGGCCAUGAUGGUGGUGGUGGUGAGAGCUUGGAGCACCUACAUGAUGGUGGCCAUGGCGGUGGUGGUGAGGGCUUGAUGCACCGUGACUGUCAUGAUGAGUUGGUGCAACAACAGGGUUGCCAUGAGAUUCGACAGAUUCGAUGACAUUGAUCUUGGACUGCGCAGGCGCAUGGUGUUGAUGGUGGUGGUGGUGGUGGCGGCGGUGAUGAAGAUGAUGUGGGCCAGGAGCGGCUGCUUUGUGGUGGCUGUCGUGGUGAGUUGGUGUAGGAGCUAAGCUUUGAUGAGAUUCAGUAGCUUCAAAGACAUUGAAACUACAAUAGAAAAGAAACAAAAGCAC